GGCCGAGUAAACCCUGUCAACGUGACUCCUCCCAUUCAAGCUGUGGAUCAAGACAGAAACAUCCAGCCUCCGUCAGACCGCCCGGGAAUCCUGUACUCCAUUCUCAUCGGCAAACCUGCGUCAUAUGCAGAGUAUUUCUCCUUGAAUCAAACCACAGCUGAGCUUCAACUCCUGAAACCCAUCAGCAGGGAACAGUACCAGCAUUUGGACUUGGUAAUCAAGGCAGAGCAGGAUAACGGACACCCUCUCCCGGCAUUCGCUAAUCUCCACAUUGAGGUGCUUGAUGAGAACAAUCAGGCGCCGUAUUUCCAGGUGGCCACUUAUCAUGGAUUCAUCUCGGAGUCUGCUCUGCUGGGCACAACUAUCUCGAGCAGUGCCAAUCUCUCCACCCCCCUCACCAUUAUCGCCCUGGAUAACGACAUCGAGGAGCUGAAUCCCGGUGAUGUGCCUACGAAAGAUCCCAUGGUGCGCAUCUCUCUGGACAACUACAACAGCAUCUUUGCAGUGACGCCCAGUGGGAUCGCACGCUACCUGACACUACUGAGGCCCGUGGACCAUGAAGAACAGCCGAGUUAUGCCUUCACGAUGACUGCCUCAGAUGGAGUUCAGGAGAGCUCUCCAGUCACUGUUAAUAUCACUGUGAUUGACGCCAAUGACAACACACCUACCUUCCCCAACGUCUCCUACAAUGUGAAUGUCUACACAGAUAUGCAUCCUGGAAACACAAUCUUACAGCUGUCAGCAGUGGACGCUGAUGAGGGUCCCAACGGGUUGGUGAGCUACAAAAUCUUGGCAGGGGAUCAGGGACACUUCACCAUCAAUGACUACACAGGAAGGAUCACCGUGCUGCCUGGUGUCAACCUGACCAUGGGCCGCUCCUACGCCCUCACCGUUAGGGCCUCCGACAACGGCCCUGCGUCCCAGAGAAGAAGUUCCAUCACUACAGUGUAUAUCGAAGUACUGCCCCCCAACAACCAGAGUCCUCCCCGUUUCCCUCAGCUCAUAUACAGCCUGGAGGUCAGUGAGGCCAUGAGGACUGGAGCCACACUGCUCAACAUACAGGCAACCGACCGUGAAAGAGAUCUCAUUACAUAUACCAUCCUGAGAGGAGAUCCAAACAGCAUCUUUGAAGUCUCCCAAACGUCUGGCCUGUUGUUGCUGGCGAAGUCGCUGGACAGAGAGCUCACGGAUCACUACACGCUAACGGUCACGGCCUCCGAUGGCAAACCAGAUGGGACCUCGACCGCUACGGUGAAUAUAAUGGUGACUGAUGUCAAUGAUAAUGACCCUGAGUUCGGUCUUCUGCUGCCCCUUAAUCUCACAGUUCAAGAGGAAGAGGCAAAUGCUUUUGUGGGUCAAGUAAAGCUGCUUUCUGCCCUCUGGAGUCACAGAAGAUGAAAUCCUGAAGUUUAUACUUCAGAGUUUAAGAGCGUAACUUUGUGGUUAUACUAUUCUGAUCUCUCAUCACUUGUUGUUGACUUAAAUGAGUCAUUCACCCAGAAAUGAAUAUUGUAAGUAAUUUUUCCAGCCUUGUGUCACUUGCAAGCCCACAUGACUUCUUCUGCAACACAUGAAAAAUGAA